AUGAGUGUUGAAGACAACAAUAGUGUCGGCGUGACGACGCAAAUAUCACAUUUAGCAGUGAAGAUUCCACCAAUAUGGAAAACUGGAAUUAAGUUGUGGUUUAUUCAGGUCGAAAGUAAUUUUGAACUCGCGAAAAUCACGAAUGACACAACUAAAUAUAACUACAUUGUUGCAGCUAUUGAUCCAGAAACUUUAUCAGUCGUAUCAGAUAUUUUGUUCGCACCGCCGGCAGCAGAUAAAUACGGUGCAUUGAAAUCUCGGUUAAUAGCGGUAUAUUCCGAGUCCGAGGGGGAACAGAUUCGUCAAUUGGUCUCAGGCCUGCAAUUAGGAGAUAACAAACCAUCUUAUUUGCUGCGAAAGAUGCGAGAAUUGGGGGGUGCAAAUGUUACCGAUAAUUUUAUAAAAAACUUGUGGCUUCAAAAUCUACCGUCGGAAAUGCAUGCUAUUUUAGCAAUUAGCUCAGAGACGUUGGACAAGUUGGCUGAAAGGGCAGAUAGGAUUGCAGAGGUGCGUGCUGCCUCAUCGGACAGUGGUAUUUUUGGUGUCGGGCAAUCGACUGCAGCCACUUGUGUGGUACAGAGUGUCACCGCGGAGGAGGAUUUUUGUAAGCUACGAAAUGAGGUCACGGCUUUGAGAAAACAGAUGGAAGGACUGACUAAUGGGGGGAAACGAGACCCUUCUACUGAAGGAGUUCCUUACAGGCGGCGUGUUCGGUCACGGGAGAAUUAUAACAGCGAUGAGAAUUAUUGUUUUUACCACGCGCGAUUUGGAAAUAGGGCACGAAAAUGCCAACCCCCCUGUUCUUAUGCAGGCAGGGCUGCCUUGCAGUAG